AUGAACAUCGUCGAAUGGGCCUUCGGCAAGCGCAUGACGCCCGCCGAACGCCUCCGCAAACACCAACGGGCCCUCGACCGCACCCAACGAGAACUCGACCGCGAGCGCGUGAAGCUCGAGAACCAGGAGAAGAAACUCGUCCAGGACAUCAAGAAGAGCGCCAAGAAUGGGCAGAUCGGGGCCUGUAAGAUCCAGGCCAAGGACUUGGUGCGCACGCGGAGGUACAUCCAGAAAUUCUAUCAAAUGCGCACGCAGUUGCAGGCGAUUUCGUUGCGGAUUCAGACGGUACGGAGUAACGAACAGAUGAUGCAGUCGAUGAAGGGGGCGACGAUGCUGCUGGGCAGCAUGAACCGGCAAAUGAACCUGCCGGCGCUGCAGCGGAUCGCGAUGGAGUUCGAGCGCGAGAACGAUAUCAUGGACCAACGGCAGGAGAUGAUGGACGAUGCGAUCGACGAGGCGACGGGCAUGGAGGGCGAGGAGGAGGACAGCGAGGAUAUCGUCAAGGAGGUGCUGGAUGAGAUUGGCGUGGACCUGAGCCAGGCGCUGGGUGAGACGCCGACGGAUAUACAAAAGACGGCCGUGGGUGAGACAAGAGUCGCGCAGCCGAUUGGGGCCGCCGGAAACGCAAGUGAUGAUGACUUACAGGCAAGACUGGAUAGUCUUCGUCGCUGAUGAUAUGACUGACACGAGUCGACUACUGCUGUGAUUUCUUUCUUUUUGUUUUGUGUCCAAUCUUGUUUUCUGCCUUGUUUCUUGCACUGUUAUCACAUUCGUGGCUAGGGGUUUUCGGGAUCGGGCAUAAUGCAUCCAUCUAUCAUUCUUCCAAGGCUUAGCCUUGUACGUCUAUAAAUCUAUCCUUUUCUAUCGUCUCUCAUGACAUAGUGUCGCCUCUAUACUCCAGGUGAAUCCC